AUGUCUACUAUUCCCGACAGGUCAGGGAAUAAAAACAGAUUUCACUGGAAAACAGAGGAGGCGGAGUUGAGUGAAGGAGACGAAGACUCAGACAUCUUCGAUUCUAUCAACAUGGAUGUUACGAGUGACCGUGGCGAAAGGUAUGAGCUAAGAGAGGUUAAAAUACAGCAACCAAACGGUGCGAAGAACAACCAGAGAAACAGGGAAAUUUUGAAGAAGAAAAGGAGCAGAAUGAAGCGAGUUUUUUCAACUAAAAAUGGGAAGAAACGUCGACUGGUUGGAAAGCACGGUGGGCUGAAAGUAGUGGCUUCCCAAGUUCCACAAAAACACGGCAUGUAUCUUUCGGAUUUGUUUACGACAAUGAUUGACUCUAAAUGGCGGUGGAUUUGUCUAGUUUACACUUCAAUGUACUGUGGUAGCUGGAUUUUAUUUGGUUUGUUAUGGUGGCUUAUAGCCUAUUUACGGGGCGCCAACUUCUGCGUCGACAACGUUGACUCGUUUGCAAGCGCGUUUUUGUUCUCACUAGAAACUCAAACAACUAUUGGCUACGGGGGUCGGCAAAUUACUCCUGAAUGCCCUGAAGCUAUUGUUCUUUUGAAUCUGCAAUCUCUAACUGGGUUUAUCAUAGGUGCAUUCAUACUGGGUCUAAUUUUUGCCAAACUUUCACGUCCGAAAAAUCGUGCGGAAACUAUUUUGUUCUCCCGAAACGCAGUUAUUGCAGUGCGUGACGGCAAAAUGUGCCUCAUGUUUCGCGUCGGCGACGUCCGAAAAAGCCAGAUUUUGGAAGCGCACGUUCGGGUACAUCUCUUUCGCCUAAGAAGAACUAGGGAAGGAGUUGAACUGCCAUUUUAUCAACAGAAUUUGCCUGUUGGAAUCGAUUGGUUAUGUGAAGAAAACCAAAUAGACAGUAUACUAUUCCUAAUUCUACCGCUGACUAUUGUUCACGUUAUCGAUGAGAACAGCCCCUUCUACGAAAUGCAGCCCAAAGAUUUGUGCAAUUGCGACUUUGAAAUCGUCGUAGUUCUCGAGGGCACUGUAGAAGCGACAAGCAUGGUGGUUCAAGCAAGGACCUCAUAUAUUGCUGAAGAAAUUAUUUGGGGCCAUGAAUUUACUAACAUAACGGAUCAGACCAAGUGGCGAUCCGGCAAGUACAGGGUUGACUUUUCGACGUUUGACGAUAUCGGCCCAGUUGCCACCCCUCGAGUGUCAGCUAAGGAUUACUAUGAAGGAAAAAUGUUAACAUCAAAGUCAUCCUCAGUGCUCACCAUGGAAACCCAAGAGUAUGCUGACGAUGACUCUGACAGUCCUGUGAACAUUGAGGAUAAAACACUAAAAGUAAACACCCACAAAGUAGUUCCAGGAGUAGAAGUGAAGGAAGGUGAUAUUGUGGUUAACCUUUAAGUUUAUCUUAAAAUCCUUAAAAUUAGUUCCCAAUCAAUAUCCCGAAAAGUAACCUUACGUUCAUGUUUGCGUCAAAUGCAAAAGCGGAAAAAAAAAUUGGAGCCCCAGAUGGGAUCUACCUUCAUGUUGAAGGUUUUGCAGAAUUCUAUCGCAAAUCCUAGUACAGCGGAACUUCGAUAUAACGAAGGGCCAAGGGACUGGCAAAAUUUGUUUGCUAUAACGAAGUUUCGUUAUAUUGAGGUCCGACAUUGAGUUUGUUUUCAUAUAUUUUACUUUUUCCUGACUUCGUUAUUUAGAGUUUCGUUAUGUGGAGGUUACACUUUAGAUGAUCAACGACACUCUUCUUCUCUUUCUCUCUCUCGGGGAUAGGGGUCUCGAGCUCUAUUAAAAUCAUGAUGCAAUCGAUUCUUAACUGAAUCAGUAUUAGGUUGUAUAUGCCUUCAUAUUUUUAGCAUAGAGGGAAUAGUAUUUUGUACAAAUUUAUUGCAAAAGCGUGACAAGUAUUUUUUUUUAAUUUGCAUAUAAUUAACCAGGAGGUGAAGUGGCGCGAGACAUUGUGUUGUGAUACUAGAUGUUGUAGAAAACAACGAAAACAAAGUUUUGAACCUGUAACGCUGAGCGGCGGAACCAGAUUUAAAUCAAAUCUGCGUUUGUAUACCUCAUCAUUAUUUUUGUUUUUAGAAGGGCAAUUAUCGCGGUCAAUGUGUGGUCCACACUCCCAACAAUUUUCGGUUGAUUUUAUUGAGUGACUCGUCUUGUUUCGAUUCAGUUCAGUAUCGUUUUUAUUCGCUGUCGAGGAAGAGCAGUGAAACAGGUAUCGCCAGGUCGGAAAUAACAACUAGAAGAAAUAAGAAGCUAUACCACCUGAUAUUUCAAUUUUGUAAUCUUGCUUUAUAAAAAGAUUUAUGUCGUAUUUCGGAUAUGACCUUCAUAAACUAAUCUGUGAAAAGGUGGCUCGCGACAUUCCAGAUGUUGAAGAGAUUGAAACGCAAAGUAAUAGUUUCAAUGCGUAUUGAUAACUACUUUCGCCGAUAGGUAACAUGAUACUAUGUUUCAAACUUAUUUUAUGUUGAUAAAAACUAAAACUAAAACAUUUCAGACUUAGGGGGUACGUCACGCGAGCAGUAGAUUGGGGCGGGAGCAACUUUAUUUUUCUCGCGGCUUUGCCGCUCGUUCUCGCGCACUUCGCCCGCGAAUUUAGCGGCUUCGCCACUCGUGCGCCCGACUCGACAAAACCGCCAUGCUACGCAGGCUACUCGCUUCGCUACGGGCCACUCGAAAUGGAGAGCUUGCUCACAGACACGUUGUUUGACGACGAUUUGAUCGGCAAACGGCGUUUCCUUCAUUAGUCAGUUUUAGUUUGAACCUUGCAGUAAGUGAAAAUAGGCAAAGUCGUUGAAAGUGCCAUGAUUUAGGCCCAUUUGAUAUAAUUUUCCGGCCUGUUUUACGUCAGUAGUUGUCGCUGUUGUUGUUGUUUUUUGCUUCACUAACUUGGUGCAAUGAUCAUUGCUUGCAGACGUUAAAGCCUUGAGCAAUUUGCAGCUAACCUGUAAGCCAAGUAAACUUGCCUUACGCGUUUCUCUUACUGAAGUAUCGCAUUGGGGAAAGUGUCAUCCUCGGAGACCCAGGGGCAGUCAGUCGGGUCGAGAGAAAAGGCGCGACGAAAGUUUUCAAGCGCGGGUGGAAGAGCCCCUGCUUACCGACUCUCACCAGACCAGUUCGAAACGUUCAAGCGAAUGCUGCCUCCUGAUUGGGCAUAAAAAAUGCUUUGUAUUAUUGUGUCCAAUCGUCGAACAGCAUCUCCUGAGUUCCUUUCGUUCGAUUGCAGACGACGACUAUUAGGGACUAUAAAAUCCGAGGACUCGACGGCAGCCAAAACGUCGCUUGAAAAUAAGUUUGCCUUCUCUCAGUCUUUAUCUCGAUUAUUUCUACCCACUUACUUCGUCAAAUGUAGGCGAACUCUCCAGGAGUUGAAUUCCUAAGAACCGUGUCCAAGUACAGAAAGAUAAAUAAAAUUUCGUUGUUUCUUUUUCACGUCCCCCGUAAAACGUUAAUUUAGGCAUUUUCACGAGUUAGUGGGACAAAAAUUGCUGAGAAAUGUGCUUGACGCUUUGAAAAUGAUCCUAUGAGAGUCAGCACCCAGGACCCUUCCACACAUGCUUGAAAACCUCUGUCGCGCCUUUUCUCCGGACCCGACUGACUGCCCCUGGGUCUCCGAGGAUGGCAAAGUGUCUGAAAUGUUUCAAAACUUGGGGACCGAUUACAUGACGAAUUUCAGCGCGGUUUGCCGAGCUGAGGUUUCAGCCACCAGUUUGCUACCAGUUUCUCAAGAGCUUGGAAAAUGAAAUGUAGUGCUAUAUUUGUCCCAGAAGAGAAUACAAGGGACAAAGAAAUAUAUUUUUCUGUACUUAAGAAAGGUAAUUAUCGACAUUCAUUUCGAACAUUGAUUGUAGAUUAAUGUUGGAAAUCAUCAUUGGCUUUCAUUUUUGCCUUUUUGAUCAUUCUUGAAAGUCAAAACGAAAUAAUGAGGUCCUGGAGAAACUGAAAUAGUUUCCGCCUGCCAAUUUCAGUUUCUUGAAGAAGCGGAAACCUUUCGCGAUCGUUCACUGCUCGUUCCUCGAUCUCCAGCUUCUUCUCCGUCCUCCACCACCCGCACGUGGUUUUAUUUUUUUCUUUCUCCCAUUAGCUGCUUCCCAGUUUUGCACGGACGAGUUGUAGCCUAUGAGCAUAAAAUUAAAUUCAAAGAUUAUGACUUCUAUUGAGCGGCCGACCCGCAUUAAGCGGACACAUAACAGUACCACUAGGGUGACUUUCAUCUGUACGUGAAUCAACGUUGAAGGUGGUUGUGGGGGUUAGGGGGGGGGGUUGAGGAAGUAACGUAGCAAGUAUCUCAACUGAUGUGAUGACUAUUGUAGUCUUCCUACAACAUACUGAUAACCGAAAAAUAUUUAAGUGGAAAUUUCGAUCAAGGAAUCGUUUUCUGGGGAUGAUAUUUUUACAGCGCAAAGUUAUUUGUACGAUAUGUUCUUGAUCCGCGCAAAAAUAAAGUGGAUACGAAGAAGUAAAUUAAAAAAAAAAAAGAACGGACAUGCCUGAAUAGCAGAAGUAAUUUGUUAAUAAUUUUGCUUGAGAGCCGUUUCAAGCUACUCUUUGCUAUGUAAUGCGAGUGCGCGAGUGAUAUAGUUUUGUACGGUGGAUUAUAAAAAUCAGACAAAUUACAUUGUUAAAAAAAACAUAUAAUUUGAAGUGUAAAAUUAAAGAACUAUCUCUGGUGAAACAAAUUGUAUUUUUGGAGAUGAGUGCAAACUUUAUUCAGUAAGGCUAUUUUCAGACUAUGCCGGAUAGUCUUACAUGUCGACACGAGAGGCUGCCGGUAUAGUAUGAACACCUAUCCGUUAGGUGACUCUCCUCUUUAGAUCUCGGCGUUGGUCUGUUUAUACAGAAAUCGCGCCGAAAUCACUGUUCUUAUGUUGAACUUUUGCCUAAAUUACACGUUUAUUUUCAGCAUAACUUGAGAUCCUGCCAUAAUGACAGCGAUUACUACCACAAUAACGCGGAUGAAGCCGUAAGAACGGUUAAGUUGCCUUUAUUGAUGACCGUAUUUACUCGAAUAAGCGCCGCGGUGGUUGUUCUAAAUAUAUUCGCACCUUAAAUGCGGCGCUUAUUCGAGGGCGUCUUGUUUUGAAAGUUGGACACGAGGAAUAAUUGUGUAAACUACGGUACCACUAUUUUCCGUAUGAAACUGACAGAAUUAGCCUUUUUUUUUUUUUUUUUUUUUUUUAAAUUUAUUUUUAUUUUUUUUAUUAUUUAUUUUUGCCUUACAGACAUAUAUUAAAUGUUUACAGUACUAAACACUACUGAAACUAAAUACUACUAACAAUAUUCACUAUACUUGCACUAUUUACAAUAUUGGCUAUACUGACAAUACCAUCCAUACGAUGCUCGUACUACUAAUAAUUACAAUGGUUACACUACUUACAAUUCUAGUACAUCACACACACACACACACCCCACAUAAACACACACACACACACCCCACAUAAACACACACACACACAAAAAAAAAAAGGUCAGAGGAGUUACUUUUCAUGUCUAUUUUAUAGCUUUUCAAUUCUGUAUUUAAUUAUCAUUUUACCAACGAAGUCUUGGAGGAGAAUUGGUUUGUUGUGUAGUUUGUUGGCGUAGAUGUAGUAUCUCAUAAACAACAUGGUAUAAUUGAAUUUCCUUACUAGUACCUUUUCAUGUAAGUCCGAGAGGAUGCCGAACAGUCUUUCUUCGCUAGAUGGGUUGAGAUUGAUCUUGUUUUCUAUAUUGAACCAGUUGAUAACCCGUUGAAUGAAAAUCUUGACGAAAUGACAAUCUCUAAAAGUAUGAUUAAUAGAGUCUUUUUCACCACAAUAUAUACAUUCAUCAUCUUCCUUGAUUCCAUAGCGGUAAAGUUCCUUUUUGGUGACUACAAUUCGGUGGAUUAAUUUAUAUUGAAAUUCCUUUAAUUUGGUCUCUCUACAGACGGUUUUUAGGGAGGUGAAUAUUUUUUCCCAUUUAUCUUCAUCCAAGGAAAGAUCUUUGCUCCAUCUCUGUGGCCCAGAAUGACCUGUUGUGUGGAUUUUUGUGCAUAAUAACGUAUAGAAGUCGCUAGUCUUGAUUUUGUUCAGAUAUAGAGUUAUCGAUUCAUUUAAUUGUAGACUAAGAUUAUUAUCAGAAUAUAACUCUUUAUUAAUUGGCUUCGUUGAUUUUGCUUUGGCUAAUAGGUGCUUUGGGAUAGCGCUAAUAACUUGAUAGUAUUGAAGGAAGUUAGUUUUACAGGAAUACUUAUUCGUAAAUUCCUGAUAGGUCAUCGGUUGACCGGUAUUGUUUAAGAGAUCUUGUAUUGACAGGAUACCUUUUUAAACCAUUCCCUGAUAAAAAAGGUUUUACUGUCAACAAGUAUUUCUUUGUUGUUGAAUAGAAUUAUAUUUUGUGCUUGAUCAAAGCUGUACAGAGUUUUUAAUUCACUGAAGUAUACUAGAAUAUUUCGGUAAAACAAUGGAAUAGAUUUUAUGUAUUUCGCAUCAUAGUUACAUCUCAGUAAAAAGUUCAAACCUCCGAAUUUUCUUAGGUAAUAAUCAGGAACUGUUUUCCAAUUCUGGUUCCCUGGAGUCAGUAAUCUUGGAAUCCAGGCUAGUUUUAGAGCUUUAAACAUUAUGUCGAUGUCUACCAUACGUAUUCCGCCUCUUCCCAGAUCCUGAUAGAGCCCAGUUCGUUUAAUUUUAUCCCUUUUGUUUUUCCAUAAGAAACUAAAAAAACUUUGUUUUCACUGUGCUUGCGAUAUCUUCGGGAACAUUAAGAAUUGAAGCUGAAUAAAUUAAUUGUGACAAUCCUAGGGACUUAAUUAUCAGUACCUUCCCAAAUAGUGUGAGGUCUCUAGAUCUCCACAUAUCCAGCUUUGUUUGAAGUUUUCGUAUUUUCAGAUUAAAGUUCAAUUCAUUGUUACCCUUCUCAUCAUAAGAGACAUGAAUUCCUAAGAGGCGAGUCGGACUAUGUAACCAUUUUAGUUGUAAAGGAUAACUUUUGUUUUUUUCCCAUUUUCCCAACCAAAUUGCUUUCGAUUUCUUUAUGUUUAACUUGAGACCCGCUAGCCUCCCAAAAUCUCCCACCGUUUUCAAAGCAUUUUCAACGGAGAUCAAAUCUGCACAGAAAAGGUUUGUGUCGUCUGCGAAUUGGCUCAAUUUGAUUUCGUGCCCGAAUAUUUUGAUUCCUGUUAUACUUGGUUCUUGUCUGAUUUUGCUGGAUAAUAUCUCCGUGGAAAGCACAAAUAAGUACGGAGAAAGGGGACACCCCUGUCGCACUCCUCUUGACGGUCUAAACCAGUUGGUCAUGAAACCAUUGUUUAUCGCCGCGCUCUCAAUUUUUCUAUAGAAUGUACUGAUCCAUCUUUUUAUACUUGUUCCGAAAUUGAAUAGCGCCGCGGUGGUUGUUCGAAAUAUAUUCGCACCUUAAAUGCGGCGCUUAUUCGAGGGCGUCUUGUUUUGAAAGUUGGACACGAGGAAUAAUUGUAUAAACUACGGUACCACUAUUUUCCGUAUGAAACUGACAGAAUUAGCUUCUUGAUUUUGAUUAUAGCGGGACCGUGAUGCUUACGUAAACUUUCUUGUCCCAAAUGCGGUGCUUGUUCGAGGACGGCGCAAAAUCGGUAAAAAUACGGUAACUCACAUGUAACUGCAUGUUACGGCACGGUGAGCUAAAACCCAGGUAAAAUUUUCAGAUGCACCCAAAAAGCACGUAAAUAUGGAAAUCCAGGAGCCAUGGGAAAUCCUGGAAAGCACUAUUCUUUUUUUAUGAAAACUGAAAACCGAAGUUCGGAAAUAGGGACACAACAGGGGGUAAACUGUUCAAGAGUAAGUCUCAAGAAUUAGUUUUGAAGUUCUGGGUUAAUUCUUAUCUACUGUAUUAAGAAAUUUUCUUCUUUGUAGUAGCCUGCGAAUACAGCCGUCUCUCCUCGCUCGUUGCCACCGGGGACGUUUCGCGGGAAACGUGACUGGGAGUGAGGAGCGAGGAGGGAUGGCUGUAUUCGCAGAUUGUCUUAUUAGGCGAGAAACCAGAACAUCAAUACCUACUAAAACGGCAUUGACGAGGGAAGGAAAUAGUAAGAAAACAUCACAAAGACAUCUAUUUAUGAGUUAUGUACACUUUUUUAUGGAACUCGUGAUAAAUUCUUAUUAAAUCCUUUUAAUUUGGCCUCUGUAAGUCUGUUGUGAGCCUGGUGGAACCUACCCCCCCCCCCACCCUAUGAUGACCCUUAGGCGUGGCACCAAGGACCUUGCAGUUUCCCUCCAUUUGACUUUGUUUUAAGAGUUUGGACGUUCCUAGCCAAAACCUCAACCCUGUCUCCAGUCCAAUCAGAGAUUAUUCUCUCAGCGCUUCUUUUGUCUUCCUUUUCUUCUCCCUCCUUGCACUGUUCCUUGUAUAAAAAUUGUCUUGGCAAGCCCUGCUUAUCUUAAUUAAUAAAUGCACUAUCUCCAAACGUUUCUUAUCGUGGUUAAGAUGUCGCUACAGGGCCCAAUGGCAUGUCUAAUUUUGUCUCUGACUGCCUCCUUCACGGUGAUGUGGUCUUUACAUGAGAUCCCAAGUGAGUUCUCAAGCAGUUUCGUAAUUGAUCUCAUCUCAGAUCUCAGUGUCCUAAAUUUUCUUCUGGAAUAAAUGUCCGCCGUCAUUUUUGCAGUCGUACAAGAGCCUGGUGAUUGUUUGUUUCAGCCAGGAGAGUUGGGCUCCUGUUUCAGCAAUACGCGUAUAGCCUUCCCAUUUGCCCGUUCCGUCGUUUUCGAGGAAAAAGAGAAAAAGAAAAAUUCCAAAGGGCAAUGUGACACAGUCAUGGCUGGAAAUGAAUCUACCUUGUCGAACUUGCAAUUUUUCAUUGCGUGGUUGGUAGGCAUGAAUAGAUUGUGCUUGUAAAUUCAGGAAAAGUUGCUUCACAAUAUACCCAAAAGUUGCUCUAAAGUUGCUCAAAUAUCAAAAAGUUGCCACCAAAAUUUAGAAACGUUGCUUGCUCUAGAGUCGUUUUGUUUUAGAUAAAUACUCAAAACGUGUUUGUUUGUUUGUUGCCAUUUAAACAUUUUCAUUAAAUAUUCUUACAAUCAUUAAAAGAGGCCGAAAGCCAUUGUUAUAUGACAAAUAUAUAUAUUAUGUUGUAAUCAAUAUACUCUUAGACUCUUACAGAUAUACAGAUAGCCGCUGUCCAGAUUUCGUGGGCUUAAUGCAAGUGUUAUUUUAUUGUCAUUUUAUUGUAUAUCCUUAGUUUUAAUAAAAUCAGUUUUGAUAAAACCAGUUUUAAUAAAAUCCUUCGAAAUGAAACGACCUUUUAUGGUUUGGAUCGGUUUUAUAUCAAUUUGCUCAAAAGUUGCCAAGGAAGGCAAAAGUUGCCCUAGGUUGCUGGUACUACAAAGAGUUGCUCAAAACGCUAAAAGUUGCUCAAAAGUUGCCGAGCACAGUCUAUUUAUGCCUAGUGGUUGGUAACCUGAGAGUUUGCAGCGGUGACUCUAGUCGACACCACGUGACUUGGCAACUUUUGUUGAGAGAGAUUGGGUACAAGUUUGUUGAAAGCGUGACACUUCACUGAAGUUGAAGCACUGUCCGUAUCUGCAUGUAACAACACUUUAUAUCCAGAAAUUCGGAAAACACCGUAAGACCAUGGACAUUCAUAACUCUAACAACGCAGACGAAUCGUUUGAAAGGAUCGAACCAUUUUCCCCUUUGACGAAUUUAGUUAGUGUGCGCUCUUCAAAACGCCAUGGGAAUCGGUCGACAUUUUCACUUCAUUCGCCAUGUCCAGCUUCUCCGACCAUAGGUCAUCACUCUUUCCUCGAUCGUUCGAAGAAAACUCGCUUAGUGAACAAAUAUGGAUCUCUAAACGUUAUAGCCAAGAAUGUUCCCGGGAAAGCAAAACUUUACUUUGCUGAUUUGUUUACUACGAUGAUUGACUUUCAUUGGCCGGGAGUUAUGCUUGUUUUCUGCAUCUCUUAUGUGCUUUCGUGGGUUGUAUUUGGUUUGAUCUGGUGGUUGAUUGUUGCAGUGAGAGGGCCAUCAGUUUGUAUCCAAGGGGUAAUCAACAAAGAAUUGUAUUAUUUUGUUAUUUUUCUUCUUGCUAGGCUAACAAACUAUUCAAUUUCUUACAUUUCUUUAGUUUUUAUAUUUAAGACUGUAUAAAUUAUUUGAACCAAGUUAAUUAUUUAAGAUUACUAAUGUGUACUGGAUUUGCCAUAUCCCUAUGCAUUAAUUGUGCAUCCAUUUUCCUAACCACUCUCUAUUCUGAUCUAGCUAUUGACCUAUUGUUCACUGUUUGUUUAUAAGGAAUUUGUUAUUACUUCCUCUUGCAACUCCACCAUAAGAUCCUCAGGAGAACUAUAGUUGUUCCCCGCUAUUCUUCGAUCAUUUUCUUUUUUCCAUACACCUGUCUUUAAAAAUAGUAAUAAUAAUAAUGAUAAUGAUUCUGAGAGAUAUGCUGAAAACCAGAGAUGCAGAAAAGACUUGGAUUUGACUUAGAACAUCUGAAUUAAAGGUUAAAAUGGAAGCCCUUAUCUGUGCACUGUAGGAACAGGCUUUUAGGACUAAUGUGAGAGUAACCUUUGUGUAGAAUGUGUGGCAAAAAGCAACAAAGUGUGUGUUCUUUUGUAAGAGAGUGUGAAAAUUUGGCCCAGAAGGAUUAUAAAAAAAUGGCAUCUUAGAUUAAAAUGUGGCAACAAAUUUGUAAAUAUUGUACGUGGAUAUUGCUAUUUCUAGAGACCAUAGCCAAGGACACAUGACAAAGAAUUGGUGCAAGUUGAAAAAUAUUAGGAUUUGACGAGGGAAAUUAGAAGAAUGUAUGGUGUGAAAAAUGUGGAUGUGGUCAGGGUGCAAAGAAAUUCAGUUUUACAGCCUGCCAUUCGCGCAAGAUGUAGCUAGCAUGUAUUAGCCCACAAGUCAUUUCAACUAUCCCCAAAACCCUUUUUGAUUGGCAAGAUUGAUUACCAUCCUUCUAUAAUUUGAAUUUCCCCAAAAAAUUCACUUGCCCGUUAAGUUAAGAACAGAAUUCACUAGCGCGAAAGCAAAAUCCACUAGCCCCGGGCUAUCGGACACGACUUUCUUUGCACUCUGGUGGUGUCUGUUGUUGUAAGGGUCCUUGAGAGUAUUACUAAGACACUUGGACAGUGGAUUGAAUAACUGGGGGUAAGGGUUAGGAUUGGACUGCUACAGAAAACUACACUAUUAGGGACAGUAAGGAUUGCGAGGAGGGUGCUUGACUUCUAAGUACCAGGAGAGUGUGUCUAAGGGAUUUCCUGGUCUUUGGUUAUGACUUGCUCUCUUUGGGAUUUAUGUUCACAUUAGAACAGCCAGAGCUCAGAGCUAAAGAGACAAUAAUAAUAAUAAGAAUAAGAAUAAUAGUUGUUUGACCCCGUAGUUUUCAUCUUUGGGAGAGUUUACCUUGGUAUCAAAAUACUGCGUAGAUAAGAAAUCAUAUAAUACAUUUAGAAAUCGUUUAUUGUUCCCAAAACCUGAAGAGGGGUAAUAUAUGAAAAUGUUACCAAGUAUUUUUGCCUCCUUGACCUGGAUUGUUCACCUUCUAGCCAAAAUUCAUUUUUUUUUUCCUUCAGAAUCACAUUUUAGGGGCUUGCAAAUGUUUUAGGUGUAGUUUCCAUCUUUGUUUUUGUUUUAAGUUGAGGGAGAUUUUGAAGAGUGGAAAGUCCAAUUCUACUUAGAAGUUACACACUGAACGUCAGUGUUUUCAGGUGCUUGUGCACCUUGAGUAAAUGCCCACCUUGUAACUGCUUCCUCCUGCCCCAUGAUCUACAAGCUAUGACGAUAGGCAUGCUCUUAACGGAAGCGAGCCCUUAGUCUGAUGUUGGGUAUUCAUGUUAUUUUAUUAAAACGUUAAUGGCUGUUUAAAAUUGACUGACCAAGGGGAAGUAAAGGCAAUCUAACAUUACCAGUAUUUGUUUUCAUAUAGGUUGAUGACUGGACAACUGCCUUUCUGUUUUCCAUUGAAACUGAGCAAACCAUUGGCUAUGGAAGUCGAGCAAUAACACCUAAAUGUCCAGAGGCAACUAUUCUACUGCAAAUGCAGUCUCUGGUUGGCCUAAUUUUGGAUGCAUUCAUGCUUGGUUUAACAUUUGCAAAGCUUUGCCAACCUCGUGAGCGCACAAAGACGGUGAUGUUUUCAGAGAAUGCAGUCAUCGCUUUAAGAGAUAGAAAAUUGUGUUUAAUGUUCAGGGUUGGAGACAUUCGGAAAAGCCAAAUUGUUGAUGCCUCAAUAAGAAUGCAGUUAUUCAGGAGUUGGAAGACAGUGGAAGGAAGAAAGAUACCUUUUUAUCAAGAAGAUCUCAAAGUGUGCUAUGAUUGGAGGAAUCCAGAUAAUGACUUUAGAAAUGAGUUGUUUUUGCUGCUACCAAUGGUUAUAAUUCAUGUUAUUGAUGAAAAAAGCCCCUUCUAUAAAAUGGGACCACAGGAACUCAGAGAAUCUGACUUUGAAGUUGUUAUAGUUUUAGAUGGAAUAGUUGAACAUACAGGAAUGAACACACAGCCCAAGACAUCAUACACUAGCGAUGAGAUCCUUUGGGGCUAUGACUUUGAGGAUGUUGUUGAUAGAAAUUGUCUUGAUAAUGGUAAAUAUUUUGUUGAUUUUUCAAGGUUUAAUGACAUUUGUAAAGUUGAGGCACCUUCUUGUUGUGCAAAAGAAUUUUAUGAGAUGGGAAAGUAG